AUGCCCCGGGUGGCUGGACCGCAGACUGGGAAUGGCCUCACUGACACUAUCGAAGCGCCAGAUGAGCUGCCUGUGGUGAAAACUGCCAAACUUAAGGGUCAUUUGACUGCCGCUACAGAUGCCUCAAAGUAUCUGGAUCUGGACACACCAUCUCCGCGACACCUGCAACGCUCGAUGCGUUGUCCUCCUCACCUGGAUCAAUUUUGCACACGUUGCGAAAGGAAAGGGUAUCUGUGUAUCGGAUCUCAUCCUUCCCUGAGAUGUAUUGAGUCACAUAGCCUCUGCUCAUAUAAGGCCUGCCCUGCCGUUGAAGACGAGUUUGUGGCCAAGGACCUGUCAGAGCUGGGAGGAUCACUAGAGUUGUUGCGUGAGGACGGCUCAGUAGCUCCGAUCAUCAAGCCGGCUUUUACUUUGUAA